AUGGCGCUGUUUUCAGCAGCAGCAAAAGGAGACUUCCUGAAGAUACAAUCAUUAAUUGACUCGGAGGACAGAUCAGAGGGUUCGGGAGGAGUUGAUGUAAACUGCUCGGAUGUAUCUGGCAAGACGGCCCUCCACAUUGCUUCGGAAAACGGACAUUUGCAAACGGUUAAAUGCCUUACCAAUCAUGGAGCAAAGGUGAAUGCGGUCGAUGCUAAACUACAGACAUCGGUUCAUUUAUGCUCAAAAAAGGGCCAUAUUCGUGCGGUAGAGCUGUUAGUGAACGAAGGAGCAGAUAUUGAUGUUGGUGACACAGAUGGGUUUACAGCUCUUCACAUAGCAUCAUUGGAGGGUCAUCUUGAUAUUGUCAAAUACCUUGUUAGUAAAGGGGCAGACCUGGAGAGACUUGCUAUUGAUUACUGGACACCUCUACUCAUUGCUUUAGACGGUGGCCAUCUUGACAUUGCAGAGUACCUGUUGACAGAAGGAGCAAGCAUUAACACAUGUGUUAAAGGUGGAUAUACAGCUCUACAUAUUGCUUCAAAAACUGGUAAUAUUGAUGGGGUGAAAUAUCUAACCAGUCAAGGAGCAGAGCUGGAUAGGAGUACUGGCGAUGGCCAUCUUGAAGUCGUCGAGUAUGUCGUGAACAGUGGAGCAUGCUUUGAUAUUGGUGAUAAAGAUGGGUUUACAAAUCUUCACAGAGCAUCAUUCCAGGGUCAUCUUGACAUUGUCGAAUACCUUGUAAGGAAAGGGGCGCAGCUUGACAAAUGUAACAAAACCUACAGGACACCCUUGUAUUGUGCUUCUCAAAGAGGCCAUCUUGAAGUCGUCGAGUAUAUCGUGAACAAAGGAGCAGACAUUGAAAUUGGUGAUGAAGAUGGGUUUACACCUCUUCACAGAGCAUCAUGGGAGGGUCAUCUCGAUAUUGUCAAAUACCUCGUUAGUAAAGGGGCAGCGCUGGAGAGAAUAGCUAAUGAUUACUGGACACCUCUACUCCUGGCUUUAGACGGUGGUCAUCUUGACAUUGCAGAGUACCUUUUGACGGAAGGAGCCAAUAUUAACACGUGUGGUAAAGCUGGAUGUACAGCACUACAUAAUGCAUCACAAACUGGUAAUAUUGAUGGGCUGAAAUUUCUAACCAGUCAAGGAGCAGAGCUGGAUAGGAGCACUGACGAUGGUUGGACCGCACUUAGUUUGGCUUCCUUUGGGGGACACCUUGACAUUGUCAAAGUUCUCGUUAACGAAGGGGUAGAGGUUGACAAAGCACUCAGAAGCGGGAUGACACCCUUGUGUCUUGCAACAAAAAGAGGCCAUCUGGGUAUUGUCGAGGUCUUACUAAACGUAGGAGCAAGUGUUGAUAACUGUAAUCGAGACGGGUUAACAGCACUCCACAUUGCAUCGUCCAAUGGACACGUUGAAAUAGUUCAUCAUCUUGUUAGGAAAGAGGCCCAGCUUGACAAACGUGACAAAACCGACAAGACACCCUUGUAUUGUGCUUCUCAAAGAGGCCAUUUUGAAGUCGUCGAGUAUAUUGUGGACAAAGGAGCAUGCAUUGAUAUUGGUGAUAAAGAUGGGUUAACAGCUCUUCACAGGGCAUCAUUGGAGGGUCAUCUUGACAUUGUCGAAUACCUUGUUAGGAAAGGAGCACAGCUUGACAAAUGUGACAAACACGACAGGACACCCUUGUUUUCGGCUUCUCAAGAAGGCCAUCUUGAAGUCGUCGAGUAUAUCGUGAACAAAGGAGCAGGCAUUGAUAUUGGUGGUGAAGAUGGGUUUACAGCUCUUCACAGAGCAUCAUUGAAGGGUCAUCUUGAUAUUGUCAAAUCCCUUGUUAGGAAAGGGGCAGCGCUGGAGAGAAUAGCUAAUGAUUACUGGACACCUCUACUCCUGGCUUUAGACGGUGGUCAUCUUGACAUUGCAGAGUACCUUUUGACGGAAGGAGCCAAUAUUAACACGUGUGGUAAAGCUGGAUGUACAGCACUACAUAAUGCAUCACAAACUGGUAAUAUUGAUGCGCUGAAAUUUCUAACCAGUCAAGGAGCAGAGCUGGAUAGGAGCACUGACGAUGGUUGGACCGCACUUAGUUUGGCUUCCUUUGGGGGACACCUUGACAUUGUCAAAGUUCUCGUUAACGAAGGGGUAGAGGUUGACAAAGCACUCAGGAGCGGGAUGACACCCUUGUGUCUUGCAACAAAAAGAGGCCAUCUAGGUAUUGUCGAGGUCUUACUAAACGUAGGAGCAAGUGUUGAUAACUGUAAUCAAGACGGGUUAACAGCACUCCACAUCGCCUCGUCCAAUGGGCACGUUGAAAUAGUUCAUCAUCUUGUUAGGAAAGGGGCCCAGCUUGACAAAUGCGACAAAACCGACAAGACACCCUUGUAUUGUGCUUCUCAAAAAGGCCAUCUUGAAGUCGUCGAGUAUAUUGUGGACAAAGGAGCGGGCAUUGAAAAGGGUGAUAAAGAUGGGUUUACAGCUCUUCACAUUGCAUCAUUCAGGGGUCAUCUUGAUAUUGUCAAAUACCUUACGAGUAAAGGGGCACAGCUUGACAAACGUGACAAAAACGACAAGACACCCUUGUAUUGUGCUUCUCAAAAAGGCCAUCUUGAAGUCGUCGAGUAUAUUGUGGACAAAGGAGCGGGCAUUGAAAAGGGUGAUAAAGAUGGGUUUACAGCUCUUCACAUUGCAUCAUUCAGGGGUCAUCUUGAUAUUGUCAAAUACCUUACGAGUAAAGGGGCACAGCUUGACAAACGUGACAAAAACGACAAGACACCCUUGUAUUGUGCUUCUCAAAAAGGCCAUCUUGAAGUCGUCGAGUAUAUUGUGGACAAAGGAGCGGGCAUUGAAAAGGGUGAUAAAGAUGGGUUUACAGCUCUUCACAUUGCAUCAUUCAGGGGUCAUCUUGAUAUUGUCAAAUACCUUACGAGUAAAGGGGCACAGCUUGACAAACGUGACAAAAACGACAAGACACCCUUGUAUUGUGCUUCUCAAAAAGGCCAUCUUGAAGUCGUCGAGUAUAUUGUGGACAAAGGAGCGGGCAUUGAAAAGGGUGAUAAAGAUGGGUUUACAGCUCUUCACAUUGCAUCAUUCAGGGGUCAUCUUGAUAUUGUCAAAUACCUUACUAGUAAAGGGGCACAGCUUGAUAAAUGUGACAAAGACGUCGGGACACUGUCACACCUUGCUCUUAACCAUCUAGGUAUACAUGACUAUCAUUUGAAUAGAGAAGCAACAAAGAUCGUUAAGCCAUUCAUUGGGUUUGAAGAGGACCACUAUGACUACCUUCGCAGUACUUUUGGUGGUGCUGCUUUCCCUAGCUAUAUGCCCCAAUCCUCGCGACCAUACGAUCCAUAUCUUACCCGUCCACGAGACAGCUCUAUCUCCUCGAGAAAGAGCAUCAAAGAAAAGACAAUGAUUAUAAGUCUCGACGAGUACAGCAUCAAGGUUCUACUUUCACCCGAAGAUCUGGACAAAGCCACAUAUAUCACAGCAGAAGCAUUGCCAAGUAUUCCACCUGACUUAAACCUGGAAAAAGAUGAAGUUGUCAUCUCAGUUGGGCUUAAGCUUUCCCCUCCUGGUCUUCAGUUUAAAACUCCGGUGGAAGUCACGGUCUCACAUAGCGCUAUUUUCACCAACCCAGACAAGGCAGAAAUUGUGCUAUACACCCGAAGGACUGGAUCUGAUGAAUUUUCAAGGAUAGUUCCUGCUUCUGACAAAGCUGCUCGGUGUGUAGUCGCAAAGAAUCACCUUACUCUGUACAUAGACCAUUUCUCAGAAUGGUGGAUUAUCUCCUUAAUCAGGAGAUACUUCAUCGGUAAGCGGCUCAUCUGUACGCCAUACGCUCCCCUGUCAACAUCUAGAGACAUCAUGAACAGCAUCUUGCUCAUCAUUAAAGACGACUUCUGUGGAGUGAAAGAGGAUAUCAUACCAGACUUCAAGGUAGCCUUUCAAAGUGGGCAGUACUGCGUAUAUUGGGGACACGGACCCCUACUAGUCAGACAUCUGGAAAACAAAGACGAAGUUUCGACACUGGAACUUGAAGAAUGUGCUUUCUUUGACAUGAACACCCACAUGAUGCCGUUCAUUCUUCAGCCACGUGAAAAAACAGUUCCCGGAGUUCUCGUCACUCUCAUCUUGAAGCAAAAAAUCACGAAGCAUAUCGCCUUCCAAGUACUAUACAACGAUGUGCCCCAUGUGAAUCCAAUAGCCCAAUCAAAGCCGAUGGGAUCUGCAUCGUCCAAAGGCAAAGCUGAACCAACUGAUGUUGGACGAGGAACAUCCAAAUCAUCUCAGUUCUCCGAAGAGCUGACGAGAAGCGAGCAUCAUCUUGAAACGAUAGUUCCAACAUCACCUGAGCCUGCAGACACAAAGGACGGAAGUCAUACUGAUGUCCUUACAAUACCUAGGCCAUUGACUCCACCAUCGACAGAGUCACCGUCAUGUGAACAUGCCUACCAAGUCAUAGAUGAUUUGGUAACGGAGACAGUAGCAAUUGCUCCAUCGACAUCAUCGACAGUGCCCGUCCGUUCAUUAGAGUCUGUAGCAGAGGGGACAAUGGGAGACUUAGCCCCACCACCAAUUGUGACAAACAUUGUCCAAGAAUUCAUUCCAGGACUUUUAGGAGAUCGAAUUAUGAACCAGCGUUCUGGGAACGUCUAUAUCAACGUCCAAGAGAUGGUCAUCCACAAUCCGCAAGGGAAUAAUCCUCAAGGAAAUAAUCCCCAAGGAAAUACUGUUGCCCCUACCCCUGUUGCUAUUGCUUCCAUAGUACCUCCUAUGCUACAGCAUGAACUGCGUUGUCGGUUGAACAGAGAAAGCCCAGUUUACGAUGACUGGAGGGGUCUUGCCAAUCAGCUUGGACUUCAAGACUACAUACAAUCACUCGAGCAGUGCAAGAAUCCGACUGAAGAACUACUCGUACUUGCUGAGAGUCAAAAGAAGAUUCAGAACCUUGGGGACUUGGCCAAGGCGUUCGAACGCAUGAAUCGUGGGGAUUGCCAAGAGAUCUGCGAGAACUAUGCGUUUGAGGGAACAAAGUCAGCUGGUCCUCGGAAGGAUCAAAUGGAAGAUGAUGACACAGACAGUAGUGAUUACUAGUAGGGAACAGGCUCAAUCUGUUCCAUAUCAAUGAUGGGCCUCUGAAAAAAAACGGAAUCCCAGAAAAUACUGGGCGUGCACUUAAAAUCCGAUCUCAAGUGGGACAUUAAUUAUAACUGUGAUUAAGUUAUGAUAAAACAUCGAUAAUUCUCAGUUU